UGCCCUCCGAUUUUUCCUCAAGCGGCAUACGAACGCGCCGCUUCUUUAUGCAUUUCUCCGCAGCCUGACGUCGUGACUCGCAUAUGUAUGCUAUUCAAAGGUAUCUGUAAGGAGCACUUAGCAAAUUGGGCCAAUGCACAAAUGCAAGCAGAGAAAGAUGUUGCUCGGUGGGUGGAUGUAGUUGGAGUUGAUCCUGCAAGAGCUGGUGAUGUGGCUUUGUUCAGGGUGUUGGAAUGGGGUUGGAUGGAGGUUCUCGUUUGAUAUUCUAUCAGAUUACUCGAUUUGUGUAGGUGUUUUGAUCAGUUCUGUAUCCGGUGGUUGUGAGGAGAACAUGAGCUCGACGUGUCCGCGAAAUAGAUG